AUGAUCUCGCGAAGAAAUGAGCCUACCAAGAUUACGAGGGAGAGGAAUGGAUACUCAGUAGAUGCCACCAGGUUACCAAAACCAGGAGCUUUUGCUGGAAGUGCACACGCGUUCGAGGAAAGUCCAUACUAUACGCUCUGUACGAUACGGACUUUAUACUUGACAUUCUCAGAACCGUGGAAUACGUCGAGAACAGAGUGA